AUGAUUACCGAUUCGGAGGCCCCAACGUACAAUUUUAACAGCGAUGAUGAAGCGCCCUGCGAGUACCUGAACGAUGUGUAUGCGAUAAGCGAAGACACCUUUUCAUUUAAAAUUAUAAAGCAGUUGGGGGAGGGAUACUAUAGUCCUGGAAAUGGACACAAAGUAAAAAUAAUAUACUACCAACUAGGUUCCGAGGAUAAAAUCGCUAGUUCUAACGUGUAUUUAGGAAAGAAUGACAAAUUGCCCUAUAUUUGCGAAAUUGCUGCAAAGUGUAUGAAGCCAAAUGAGGUCAGUAUCAUUCAGGCCCCAAAGCAAUUUACAAAAAUAUUUAGCAACUCUGAACGGAAGAACAAAUAUGAUAGGAAGGAAAACUUCAGGACGGAGUUUAAAAAGGCUUUGCGAUUUAAACAGAAAUGCGUAGAAAAGUACAUGAGCUAUUCCAUCGUGCCAACCUUGAAAAGAAUAAAAUUAAGUUCAAACGAUGUAAAAUUUUUAGUGCGAAAAAGGAAAUUAAAGAAGGAUAACCGGAAGGGAAAUAACGACGUGGUAGAAAGGAACGCACCAAAUGAAGAACUCAAAGGAGAAGACACACAAAAGUACUUUGAAUCGUUAACAUUAGAAGAUAUUAAUAAUGUAAGGUAUAAAAUUUUAAAGGAGGAAGAACUGAGCACAUACGUUGUGUACUUGAAAGAAUAUAAUCGAGUCGAGAUUCUAAAUGAUGAUAAAACCAUAAUAAAGGAAGUUCUUCGAGAAGGGAAAGGGAUCUUUACCCCCAAAAAAAAUGAUUACAUUGAUUUUUUUAUACAAGAUGGAAAAAAGGGAGAGUUUAUUCACACCACCUUGGAGGAACAUAAUUUAAAAUACAGAGGACUCUUCAAAAUUUUGCAAAAUAUGAAAAAAAAAGAAAUGUCCAAAAUUAUUCUUAAGGGUUUGGAAUGCCUCCAUAUUUACCACUCCUCGAAAAACACACACACAGAAAAAGAUCAGCCAAAUGGCCAGGAAAGAAAUCCAAACGGCCUGGAAAGAAAUCCAAACGGCAUGGAGAAUGACCAAAAUGGCGUUUGCAACGAUGAGAAGCAGAAGGAUAUCCUGAACGAGACAGAGUUGUUCAACAUUGAAGAAAAUCAAGUGAAACAAAAUCAUGGUGAAAUAAAAGUUGCAAAGAAUAUUGAUAUUCAUAUCAGAGACGAAUUAACCAAGCAGAAGAAGGAAAUAAUUAUAGAAUUACUGGACUUUAAAAAAUCCAAACUGGUUAAUUUUUCUUCAAUUAUCAACCUGAACAACAAGGAAAAGCUACUGUUUUACGUGUCAGAAAAUGGUAAAAAUAACCCUCCAAACAAACCAAUCAUUGACACCGAUUGCGAAUUGAUAAUCCAUUUAAGUAUCAAUAAUGAUAAGGACAGAACGAAAGGCAAAAAAAUUAAUUUGCCAGUUCAUUUUUGGAAGAACAAUGGCAAUAUUGAAAAACGAAAGGCCUUUUUUCUUUUUUCGUACGGGUCAUGUUUCACUGCUCCUCUUUGGUUUUAUGAAUGUUUCAAGGGGCUAAAGGAAGGAGAUGAAGUAAUCAUUCCUUUGUCAAAAAAUAGGAAUAUUUUUUCGGAGAACCAGUUCGCUUACCAUUUAAUUUUUGAGGAAUGUGAUCAGGGGGGAGAAGCACAACACAAACGACGCGGAGAAGAUCAAGAUGAGGAUGAUAUUGAAAGGAUCAAAGGAGCAAUGAACGGGCGAAAAAAGUGCACCCAAAAUGACAAUCACCAAAUAACAAAAAAGAACCAUUCGCGGAGGAAAUGGUCCAAAAAAAAGGACCUAAAAUUUGUCCAGUGCCUAAUUUCCAACCGAAACAAGGGCAAAGGCUUCUUUCUGAUAGAUGGCUUGAAGGAAAAUCAAGUGAAUCGUUUUUGUGAAGGAUUUUUUUCGUCGCAAAUGUCCCUGAUCGAAGGAACUCACAAUAAGGAGGAAUCGCUAGAAUUACCCUUUCAUUUUAACUCCUUCCAAAAAGUCAGGCGUAAAAAAUUUUACAAAAGUGUAGCUAAAAUUCAAAAAAAGGAAAAACUUAACAGGAUGAAGAAUCAGCUGAGUAGACAAUUUUACGAAGGUAGCCUCUCCAACGAGUGUAUGUGUAUCCCAAAAAAGGGUGAAGAGAAAGGAGAGAAAACUGAUAAUUUUUCAUUCUUUAAAAGAGCCCUAAAAAAUGUGUACUUUGAUAAAUCCUUUUACGAAAAAAAUGCCAUUUUAAAAAUAAAAAUUGUUAAACUUAUUUGUAAGAGGAAAGACCCGUGGAAUAUGAAUAUGCAAGAACAAAUUGAGUACCUAAAAAUUUACAACAAAAUGGGCAAUACCUUUAUGAAAAAAAAUUUGCCUUAUGCAGCCUCACUUCAAUACAUAAAAGGCUUCGAUAUAUUUCGCUUUUCCAAAAUUUACAAUAUAAUUUUUGAGGAAAAAAAAAUAAACAUGUCCAAUUUAGCUAGUGAUGACAUGACCAAGGAACUUGUACUACACAUGGAAAAGAUACUAACUAAUUUGGCUAUUUCCCACUACAAAUUAGGACACUACAAUGAAUGUGUUAAGUAUGCAGAAAACGCUGCGACUAUAAAUCCAAAAAAUGUUAAAUGCAUUUAUUGGAAACAUAUGGCAUAUUUACAGCAAAAUAAAUAUGACCAAAUUAUCAAAAAUUUAAACAAUUCUUUUUGCCUCAACAAUUUAACACUUCUUAAGUUGUACAACACCGCACGCGCUAUAAAGAAAAUACAAGACGCACAAUUUAAUUCACUUUUCUACGCCAUGUACGAUCAUAACUGA